ACCUCCACGUCGACUGGGGAUGUGGCGUCAGCCGGUGGGCGGGGCGUUCUACGGACCAAAACAUCAGAUUUUAGAAGCAGGAAAAGAAAAAGAUCCAUCCGCGGAUCCACCGACCGAACCACGGACACAGACUCCACCCCACGGAGAGCUGCUGCUGUUGUGGGGAAAAUGUCUUCGGGCUCCGGGAGCAGGAACACGGAACCAUGGGGAAGCUUCGACGAUAAUCUCAUCCAGGGCGGCGGCUCAGCGGUCAUCGACAUGGAGAACAUGGACGACACGUCGGGCUCGAGCUUUGAGGACAUGGGCGAGAUGCACCAGAGGAUGAAGGAGGAGGAGGAGGUCGCGGCAGAGGCUGCCGCCACCGAGGACGACGUGGCCGACGACGGAGAGUUCCUGGGCAUGAAGGGGUUAAAGGGUCAGCUGGGCCGGCAGGUGGCCGACGAGGUGUGGCAGGCGGGCAAGCGUCAGGCCUCCAAAGCCUUCAACCUGUACGCUAACAUCGACAUCCUGCGGCCAUACUUUGACGUAGAGCCGGUACAGGUGCGCAACAGGUUGAUCGAGUCGCUGAUACCUGUCCGCAUGAUCAACUUCCCCCAGAAGAUCGCAGGCGAGCUGUACGGGCCGUUGAUGCUGGUGUUCACUCUGGUGGCGAUCCUGCUGCACGGCAUGAAGACCUCAGGAACUGUCAUCAGAGAGGGCACACUGAUGGGCACUGCUAUCGGGACGUGUUUCGGUUACUGGCUCGGCGUCUCUGCCUUUAUCUACUUCCUGGCAUACCUGGUCAACGCUCAGAUCACCAUGCUGCAGAUGCUGUCCCUGCUGGGUUACGGCCUGUUUGGUCCCUGCAUCGUCCUCCUCGUCACCUACAACAUCCACUUCCACUUCCUGUUCUACGGGCUGUGGCUGCUGCUCGGCGGCCUGUCCACACUGCGCAUGGUGGCGGCGCUGCUCUCUCGGACUGUGGGUCAGACGCCGCGGCUCCUCCUCUGUGGGACGCUGGGGCUGCUGCACAUGCUCUUUUUGCUCUACCUGCACUUCAACUACCACACCAUCGUAGAAGGGCUGCUCGACUCCCUGGAAGGACACAACAUGGCGCCCAUGCAGCGGGUGGCCAGAGACGUGCCCGAGGUGAUGCUCAACGCCACGGCGAGGAACCCGGGGAUGCUGCUGAGCGCCUACUGAGGGGAGGGGGUUUCUGUUAUGUCUGUGAAACUUAAACGCUUCAAUUUAAAGAUCUGCGCGCGUGUGUGUGUGUG